CUACGAUAAUAUAAAAUGUUAUGUUACUAAUUUAAGAUCUGGCAUACAUCAAAAGCCAUUUGAUAUUAAAGAUAUGGACCUAUAUUUGAACAGAGAAAUUAAAAAAGAAAAAGUAUUUUCCAACGACAUCAAUAACAUUCAAACGUCAACAAGUCGUAACGAAUUUAUAAAACUUUAUCGAAAGAACUUAAUAGCUUCUAUGGCUACGAUCUUAAGUUGCAAAUACGCUUUUAUACCUACAAUAAGUAUAAGUAUAGCUACCGAUCUGCUCUCAGCCAUUGCACUUGGACAGGGAAAUAACGUCGCAUAUGAUGUUGCCUUCAAAGAUGAUCGUUUGGUUAAUGGGAUCAAAAUCAUGCGUCCAAUUAAAGAUCUAAGUGAAACAGAGGUCUUGCUCUAUAUACGUGCACGAAAUAUAAAAUGGUGGGAUAGACGAGAUCAUGUCAUAAAUGCUUCAAGCAGUAUACAACGAAUAACUGGGUCAUUUAUACGUAAUCUACAAAAAAACUACAGCUCCACCGUUUCAACUAUAAUUUGUACAGGAAAUAAAAUCACCUCAAAUAAUGACCGUUAUGAAGAAUUUAAGGAAAAAUGCUGUUUGUGUAAUUCUUCAAUAGUUAACUCGGAAACUCUUUUCAGCUGUUAG